CAACAGCGGAGAAGGAGAUGAAGUUUCGAUUUGGGCUCAGGAUCUCUUUGGUCCUGACCAUACUGGCUCUGACUCUGUACGGAGGCGGCGUUGAAGGACAAAGGGCAGGUUGCAAGAAUGUCCACUAUGAUCUGGUAUUCAUUUUGGACACCUCUUCCAGUGUGGGCAAGGAAAACUUUGAGAAGAUCCGGCAGUGGGUGGCGAACCUGGUGGAAUCUUUUGACGUAGGUGCGGAGAAGACGCGUGUAGCCGUGGUUCGUUACAGCGACCGUCCUACCACGGAAUUCAACCUGGGCAGGUACAAAACCCUUGGAGAGGUCAAGCGUGCUGCUGGGAACAUCCGCUACCUGGGUGGGAACACCAAAACUGGAGAUGCCAUCAGCUUUACCACCAACAACAUCUUCACAGAAAUGGCCGGGGCGAGGCCUGCCAGUAAGGGCAUUCAAAAAGUGGCAAUCUUACUAACGGAUGGCAGGAGUCAGGAUUUUGUUUUGGAGCCAUCAAUUGCUGCAGCGGCUGCUGGUAUCAGGUUGUUCGCCGUAGGGAUUGGGGAAGCACUGAGAGAGGAGCUGGAGGAGAUUGCGGCAGAACCCAAAAGUGCUCAUAUGUUCCAUGUGACGGACUUUGACGCCAUUGACAAGAUCAGGGGCAGGUUGAGGAGGAGACUCUGCGAGAAUGUCCUUUGUCCAAACAUGAAAGUCCAGGCGGGCCGUUUCCGGCCGAACAGCACCAGUGCUGGACUGACGGAGGUCCCAGGAUUUGAUUUGAUGGAGUACUUCAAUGUAAGAGAUUUUCUUGGAGAAAAAUUUGAGCCAGGUCAGACCCCCUAUGUCAGGCUCGGUACAAUGCCCAUCGUCCAACGAACAGAAGAUGUGUUACCUCAGGGUCUGCCUGAUGAGUAUGCCUUUGUGACCACAUUUAAGUUCAGGAAGACCUCUCGUAAAGAAGACUGGUACCUGUGGCAGGUCUAUGACAAAUACGGCAUCCCGCAGGUCUCCAUCCGUCUGGACGGGGAGAACAAGGCGGUGGAGUACAACGCCGUGGGCCUGACAAAGGAUGCGGUCCGGGCCGUGUUUAAGAACCCAGAGGUGGAGAGUCUGUUUGACCGUGACUGGCAUAAGAUCGGCAUGAGGGUGGACUCCAAGUCUGUGUCCCUGUUCCUGGACUGCAAGCACAUUGAGACGCUGCCCAUAGAGGAAAGAGAAGACAUCGACAUCCAGGGAAAGACUGUCAUCGGCAAGAGACUCUAUGACAGCGUUCCCAUUGAUUUUGACCUCCAGAGGAUGGUGAUCUACUGUGAUGGCAAACAGUCUGAGCAAGAGACGUGUUGUGAUAUUCCCGGUGGCCCAUGUGAACAGUCUCUGGUGACUGAGCCCCCCCCACUCCCACUGCCCACCCCAAAACCAACAAGCGCUGAGCAGAAGAAACCAGCCGCGGUCAACUGCUCCUGUCCUGCAGGGGAAAGGGGAGAGACAGGUCUACCGGGUGUCGCGGGGCCCAAGGGUGAAAAGGGGGAUCCUAGUCUUAAAGGGGCAGAAGGACCGCCAGGACCCAAAGGGCAGAAAGGAGAGCGUGCUAUCUCUAUCAAAGGUGAUAGAGGAGAGAAGGGGGACAUCGGGGAGCGCGGUGAACAUGGAGCCAGAGGAGAAAGAGGAGAUAGAGGAUCAGACGGUUUACCUGGUCUGGCUGGGAAAAAAGGCGAUACAGGAGAGAGAGGUGAUCAAGGAGUUGCAGGUGAUGCUGGGUUACCUGGACCUCUCGGACCAAAGGGUAUCCAAGGUGAUGCUGGUCUAUCUGGAGCACCGGGUCCUCAAGGGGUGUCUGGUGUUACUGGAGGUAAAGGAGACAAAGGAGCUUCCGGAGAAAGGGGUGAAAGAGGUCCUGGUGGAUUACCUGGCGAUGCGGUUCAGCUGGCAGGACUCAAGGGGGAGACUGGCGUCCCUGGUGAACGAGGGCCCUCGGGAACGGACGGCCCACCUGGACCUCCUGGCCCACCUGGACCUCCAGGUUUGGCCGGUGAGCCGGGUGAGAAUGGACAAAGGGGUAAAAAGGGUGAUGCAGGAUUGCCAGGUGUUGAUGGUCUUCCAGGACCACCUGGUCCUCAGGGGCCUUCUGGCCCUCCAGGCAGCCCUGGACAAAUAGGACCUCCAGGAUUAUCUGGUGAAAUGGGCUUCUCGGGAAAACUAGGAGAACCAGGAAAACCAGGCCUGCCAGGAAAAGAUGGAUUGGAUGGUUUCCCUGGAAACAACGGCGAGAAGGGCCAAAGAGGAGAACCUGGACAGGACGGCUUCCCUGGUAAACCCGGACCGAAGGGAAACGAAGGCCCUCCAGGACCACGAGGACCUCCUGGUGAACGGGGAGAGCCUGGUUUGCCUGGAGAGGUCGGCACAAUAGGACCCAUAGGAGAGAGAGGAGGCCAAGGAGAGAGAGGAAAAGACGGACCUACUGGCUCGAAAGGAGAGAAAGGAGACAAGGGUGAGAUUGGCCCCAGGGGUCCAGCCGGGGUCCCAGGCAAUGUGGCCAAUGUGAUUCCUGAACCUGGUGAACCGGGUAAGCCAGGAGAGAAGGGAGAGAAAGGAGAUCAAGGAAAACCAGGCGAGAUGGGUCAAAGAGGACUUCCUGGAGAGCAGGGAUUCAGAGGACAUCCGGGACCUGCGGGCCCUAAGGGUGAUGCUGGUGAAAAAGGAGAGGCAGGGAGACAUGGAGACCCAGGUCCUCCCGGAUUGCCUGGCCCUCCGGGGCUCCGAGGGCUACCAGGCAAUGUGGGUAUUCCAGGUAGCAUCGGUCCACCUGGUAUUGCUGGACAGAGAGGAGAGAAGGGAGAUGCUGGUAAAUAUGGUCCCCCUGGACCCCCUGGUCCAACUGGUGAGCCUGGUUUAAGAGGAGAAAUUGGUUUGCCAGGAAAAGGCAAAGAGGGACCAAAGGGUGAUUCUGGACCUCCGGGUCCAUCAGGACCUCCCGGACUGAAGGGUUUACCUGGUGCACAGGGAAUGCAGGGGAUGCCAGGAAAUAGAGGACCACCGGGAGAGGGAACCACUGGACCCGAUGGGCCUCCUGGACCUGCAGGGCCACAAGGACUAGCGGGUUUGAGAGGACCUCCAGGAGUGAGCGGACCACAGGGACCCGCUGGACACAAUGGUUUACCAGGAAGACCUGGAGAGAAGGGCUCCCCUGGAGAUCCAGGAAAAGCUGCAGACAUUUCAGAUCUGAACCUGAAGGACAUUUGUUCAGAUUGUCCCCCUGGACCAGCUGGACAACCAGGUAUGCCAGGACCUCCAGGUGAAAAAGGUCAUACUGGACCACCUGGGAAAAACGGACAGGAGGGAUAUGCGGGUCCUCCUGGGCCAACAGGGCCUGCAGGACCACCUGGUGCUGAUGGAGCCAAGGGGGUCAAAGGAGACAGAGGUCCUUCAGGAGCAUCUGGAGAUAAAGGUGAAAAGGGCCCCCCAGGACCUCCUGGUUAUCCAGGGGCCGCAGGAGCUAUGGGUCAGCCUGGUAAUGAUGGAAACCCUGGACCUAUCGGACCACCUGGAGCUCCUGGAGAAAAGAGUAAAGAAGGACUUCAGGGUAUUCAGGGACCACCUGGUCUUCCAGGUCUAAUGGGCCUGAUGGGUAAACCUGGAAAGGAUGGAAGACCAGGAGAAACAGGAGAGCCGGGCAAACAGGGAGAGUCAGGACCACCAGGAAGAAACGGGCUCAGAGGAAUGCCUGGUUUCAAAGGUCACAGAGGGGAACCAGGACCACCAGGGUCAAAGGGAGAAGAUGGCAAACAGGGUGUUCCUGGACGCGAGGGUCCACCUGGGAAAGAUGGUAAAACCGGACCACUGGGGCCAGAGGGCAUGAGAGGACCACGAGGGGAGCCCGGUCAGCCUGGAGAACCUGGACAAGCAGGCAAGCCUGGAUCUCAAGGAAAUCCUGUAAGUGAACGAGGUGCUAGAGGUGAGAAGGGAGAGGAUGGUGUUGGACAGAGAGGAGAGCUUGGUCCAACUGGUCCCAUGGGUCCUGCAGGUAUGCCGGGAUAUGGAAAAGACGGUCUUCCUGGAGCCGCAGGUGCUCAGGGAGAGCCUGGUAAUCCUGGUCCUCACGGUCAGCCCGGACCCUCUGGACCGCCAGGGCAGUGUGACCCCUCACAAUGUGCCUACUACGCCAGUCUGGCAUCAAGACCUCACACCAAAAAUGUUAAGGGGACUUAAUACACUCACUGUCCUGGGCAAACACCUAUUAUGAACUUGAACAUUCAGUAAGCCAAGAACAUGUUCUUUAACAUCAGGAGGACUACAGAGUCUGAGAGGUGAGUGAAUGUGUGUGUGUGUGUGUGUGUGUGCGUGUGUUUAUACGUGUGCUUGUCAUAGGCUUUUCACUACAGCUAAUGUGUUAUUGAACCCUGAGUUAAGGCCACUUUUAAUCCUGGGUUAAGCAACGUUUCACACUUUAGGUUUUGAAAAGGUGUUGGCAUGUAGCAUUAGCACUUUCAGCUCCGGGUUAUGAAGUUUAUCUCGAGCAGGAUUGACUCUGAAUAGUGGUGCUAAAGGUCAAAACAAUGCUUGUUUAGCAAGAUAUUAAUCAUAAAAUAUAUACAACAAACACAAAAAAUG